AUGGUGUUUACUUCUCCAAGCUGGGUGCCUCAGCUCCCAAUUGAUCCUCCGGAUUCGAUACCUAUUGCUGAGUUUAUGAGGAACGAGGCUUAUGGUCGCCAACAUAUUGUCAAGAGCAGACAUCCAUUUACCUGUGGAAUCACUGGCCGUUCGUACUCAGCACCUGAACUGUUCGAGCGGUCAGAAUCUUUUGCAAGAGCCUUGGCAAAGCGUCUUCAAUGGCAGCCGAAUGAGGGAACACCUUGGGAUAAGGUUUUGGCUAUCUUCUCUCUGAACACAAUUGACUUUGUAACCGCCAUCUACGGUGUUCACCGACUCAACGGCAUAGCCACGCCAGCCAAUGCUGCUUAUUCCUCUGAUGAACUUACCCAUCAACUCAAGGCAUCAGGGGCCAAAGCUCUGGUUACAUGUACACCUCUACUCGAGGUCGCGCUUGAGGCAGCCAAGAACGUCGGCAUACCAGAAGAAAACAUCUAUCUGUUCGACAUCCCGCGAGCUGAGCCUACCUCAAGUUUCAAACAUGCUUCCGUUGAGGAUCUUAUCAACGAAGGCUCGAGACUUGCAGAACUUGAGAAGCUUCAAUGGGUUCAAGGUCAAGGUGCACGCCAGACAGCCUUUUUAUGCUUCUCAAGUGGAACAUCAGGAUUACCGCAUGUCACUUACGACUCUGUCGCCAGACGGAAGAAAGGUGUAGAAACUCAAGCAGUCACAGGAUUCUUGCCCUUCUCUCAUAUCUACGGCCUUGUUAUUGGUGCUCAUACUUGCACGUGGCGAGGUGAUCAAGUCAUUGUUCUCCCGAAAUUCGAGUUCAACGACUUCCUCAAGUCUGUUCAGGAGUUCAAGAUUAGGCAGCUGCUGGUGUACCAACAGUCCUCCAAGGUCCCGCCGAUUAUCAUCCAAGUCCUGCGAUUCAAGGAUGUUUGUGCCAAGUAUGAUCUGAGUAGCGUCAAAUUUGUCUACUGUGGUGCGGCCCCCCUCGGCGAGGAAACAAUCUCGGACAUGAAGAAGCUAUACCCGGAUUGGACAAUCGCACAGGCCUAUGGAAUGACGGAAACCGCAACCGUCGUGACAUCUUCAAGCGAAGACGAUGUCUUCACAAGAGGCUCUGGAUCCCUGUUGCCUGGUGCCAAAGCCAAGAUCAUCGACCUUGAGGGCAAUGAAGUUACUGAGUAUGACAAGCCAGGCGAGCUACUUGUUCAAGCCCCGUCAGUUGUGUUAGGAUAUUUGAACAACGAGAAAGCUACCUCUGAAACCUUUGUACAUCACAAAGAUGGAAGAUAUAUCCGCACUGGAGACGAGGCUAUCGUGACUUUAGCCCCGUCUGGUCACGAGCAUAUUGUGAUCGUUGACAGAAUCAAGGAACUCAUCAAGGUCAAGGGCCAUCAGGUUGCACCCGCGGAGCUUGAGGCUCACAUCUUGACAAGCCCCCAUGUCUUCGACUGCGCUGUGAUCCAAGUACCUGAUGAGAGGUCAGGAGAGGUACCAAAGGCUUUUGUAGUCAAGAGCUCUUUGGCUGAGUCCUUGGAUGAGAAGAAAGUGGCCAAUGAUAUCAUGAAGCAUGUUGCUGAUAACAAGGCUUCCUAUAAACAGCUCAGGGGAGGCGUAGAGUUUCUGGAAGUUAUACCCAAGAGUCCAAGCGGAAAGAUCCUUCGUCGGCUGCUCAGGGAUAAGGAGCGUGAGAAGAGACGGGCUGAGGGGGCGAAACUAUAG